AAUGCAGCCCACGGCCACCAUGGCCACAGCUGCUUCCACCUCCACCACGGCCACCCUGACCACGACGUGGGAUAAUACCACAGGACGCCCCACUGCAGAGCCUGACCCCAUGUUGGACAACUAUAUGCUGCUGGUGGUGGUGAUGUCGCUCUUUGUUGGGGGGACCCUUGUGGUGCUGUCCGGUGUGUUGCUCCUGUGCAGGCGCUGCUGGGAAGUCCACCAAGGCUUCAACAGAGCCACGGAGGAGGCAGAGAAGACGACCACCACCUACCUGGAUACCAGCACCCACCUGGUCCAAGACCCUGAAUUGAGGGGGGAGGACCUCGAGGGCCAGGAUGCAGAGACCGAGCGCUUCCUGUCCACCAGCUCCACCGGCCGCCGAGUGUCCUUUAAUGAGGCAGCCCUGUUUGAGCAGAGCCGGAAGGCGCAGGACAAGGGCCGAAGGUAUACCCUAACAGAGGGGGACUUCCAUCACCUGAAGAAUGCUCGCCUCACCCACUUGCACCUGCCGCCCCUCAAGAUUGUCACCAUCCACGAGUGUGACUCCAGCGAGGCCAGCGCAACUACCAUGCCUCACCCCACAGCACCUCCCAAGACCAGCCUUGCCAUAUUCCAGCCCCCGGGGAAGGCCCUCACUGGCCGCUCCGUGGGCCCCAGCUCCGCCUUGCCAGGUGACCCCUACAACCCUGCCACGGGCCCUGCUGACUUCGAGAUCAGCUGUUCCUCAUCCAGUGACUCCGGGGAAGGCACCUCGCUGGAUGUGGGUGCGAAGAGCACCAAGCCUGGCGGGCUAGGGACCUCUGUCGGGCCUCGGGAGGCUGUCCCAGGCUCUGGGACAGGCCCAGUCCUGCAGUUCUUCACCCGCCUGAGGCGUCAUGCCAGCUUGGACGGGGCUAGUCCCUACUUCAAGGUCAAGAAAUGGAAGCUGGAGCCCAGCCAGCGGGCAUCAAGUCUGGACACGAGAGGCUCCCCCAAGCGGCACCACUUCCAGAGGCAGCGAGCAGCCAGCGAGAGCAUGGAGCAGGAGGAGGGGGACACCCCUCACAUGGACUUCAUCCAGUACAUUGCCAGCACAGGCGCUGCCAUGACCUUCCCGCCCCCCUGCCCCUUUCUGGCCAGCCCCACCAGCCCGUCCCCCACUCUCGGCAGGCUAGAGGUGGAGGAGGAGGCAGGCACCGCUGGAGGAGUGAACACGGAGUCCCCCACGGAGCGCAACAUAGGUGGCACCGGGCAUGAACAGCAGCAGGAGUCGGAUAGUGAGCGGGACACGGGGUCUGAGCACACCCAGACCAUCUACCGGGACAUCUGGAGCCUGCGUGCCUCGCUUGAGCUGCAUGCAGCCACUGCCUCAGACCACAGCAGCAACGACCGCGACUCUGUGCGCAGCGGAGAUAGCUCUGGCUCUGGAGGCACGGCACCUGCCUUUCCCUCGCCCUCACCACCGCCCACGCUGCGGCCCUCGGAUGGUGAGAUGGGAGGGCCGCGCAAGCUGCUACAGAUGGACAGUGGCUACGCUAGCAUCGAGGGGCGCAGCAUGGGUGACGAUGGGCCUCCCAGCGCGCCAGAGAAGCGUUCCUUCACCAGUGCGGGCCACGUGGCUACCAUGGAGGGAAGCUUUGAAGGUGUUCCUGCAGAGGAGUGCGCCUGGCCUCGCAGCCCACGUACCUGGUCCCGCCGCACACCACGCCGGGACUACAGUGUGGACGAGAAGACUGACGCCCUCUUCCACGAGUUUCUGCGCCACGACCCACACUUCGAUGAUGCUCCGCCUGCCGCUGCACGCCAUCGAGCACGCGCGCACCCGCACACCCAUGUGCGCAAGCAGUGGCAACAGCGCGGCAGGCAGCACAGUGACCCUGGCGAGCGCCCUGUGCCCUCUGCACCAGUGGGGCCCGACCCCCGCCCCACGCGCGCACCUCUGCGCCGUGGAGACAGUGUCGACUGCCCGCCCGACAGCCGCACAGGUGAAGAACCAGUUAGUCCCCCAGUGCCCACCAUCCCUGCCAUUGAGGAGGAGCCUGGCGGUGGGUGCCCAGGAUCAGGCCUGUGUGCUCGGCCCUCAGAGGCACUGCUGGACAAGCUGGCAACUGGCCUUGAGGACAGACUCUUACUGCCACACCUCGCCCGGCCCAUUGCUGCGGCCCCCACACUGGCCACUGCCACUGCAGCACCCACGUCCCCAGACCACAGUCCGGCCUAA